AUGGCCCCAUUGCACGCCGCGCCAAGCCAUGCCUCCCCAGCCGAUGUAAACUUCAGCCAUGACAGUUGGGCGAACCCAACUUAUCUCACCAACCCCGAGCAACCAGGACCGGUUUCCACCCAAUUCGUGCUUACCGACCGAACUCGGCCCCUGGCGCCCUCGCCAAAUUCACCAACCUCACCCGGCACCUCCAGUCAACCGUCUCUCACCACCGUGGUCGAGACUCCUCGUGCAGACCACCAGGAGAACUACCAGGGCCCAGCCAGCCCGGAUGCUGGACGCAGCAGCGCUGCACUGGACUCCAGGAAUCCAGCCUCGACCUCGCAUGGUGCCUACGACCACCCAGAGUACAACCCCACCCCGUCCGCUAUGAAUCCCCACGAGCGUGUGAAGAGGCAGGAGGUGUACCGGAACAGUCGUGGAUCAGAUGAGACUGCCAGCUCUUCGCAACAACCCACGUCUACCGAAUCAUCGGCAACGACCAGUGCGAGCUCGAUUUUGGGCAACAUUGAGAACCCCGAUUGCCAGCUGCCUGAGGAGUCGCCAGGCAGCUCUGUCAUUGAGGGUGAUCUGCCCCGGAACCAGUCUGUCCCGCAGUUUCAGUAUCACCACCAGGAGCAAGAGCCGCAGGUUGUGCGUGGACAUAGCGCUUCCUACCAAGAUGUUCGGAAUGCCUCCACCCCAGAUCUCUCGGAUGGUUCUGCGCAGGCGAACCGCCAUCUCACACCCAAUAACUCGCAGUUCUUCAGACGGAGCUCGAUACCUCGGCCUCAGUCCUCCUACUCACUGGCUUCGGAUAUGGCUCCUAGGGGUCGGUCACCGGGCCUGCAGUCGAGGAACUCUCCUGACAUGCGUCCACAGUCAUACGCCGAGCUUCUGAACGUCCCCUACCCCCAGCAAGCGCCGGCACCCCUUGCCCUUGAUAAUUCCAACUUGCGCACCGUCAUUGGCAACAAUGCGUCUCUGCUGAGCACACAGAAAACCCUCGAGAUGUACCGGCAGAACGUGAAAAAGACCAACGAUGUCUCAAUCCAGUAUUCGUUUGCCGUCUUUCUCAUCUCAACCGCACAGGAGCUGGGCUUGGAUUUUUCAGAUCCUAAGAGGAGAAAAAAUACCUCGAAGCAACGAAAGGAGACGGAUAGCCCUGAUCUGGACCCCGCUGGACAGGAUGGCCAUGCUUUGGUGCGAGAGGCGCGCCAGAUUCUUCAGAAACUGGCAAAUGGUGGAUACCCAUUCGCACAGUACUACCUGGCUGACGGCUUUGCCUCGGGCCUGUUCAGUAAGGGUAAAGAAGAUUACAGCUCCGCCUUUCCGCUGUUUGUUCUCGCUGCCAAGCACGGCCAUGCUGAGUCGGCCUUCCGAACUGCUCUCUGUUAUGAGUUCGGAUGGGGGUGCCGCAAAGAUCCAGCCAAGGCCGUACAGUUCCUUCGAUCGGCUGCCUCAAAACGACACCCGGGUGCCAUGACUCGACUUGGAAAGGCCUGCCUUUCGGGCGACCUGGGAGAGAAGAGGUACCGGGAAGGUAUCAAAUGGUUGAAGCUUGCAUCCGAGGCAGCUGACGCCCAGUACAAUGCUGCACCCUACCACCUCGGCUGUCUCUACGAGACUGGCUAUGGCGACGACAUCUUCAAGGACGAGCAUUAUGCGGCCCAGCUUUUCACACAAGCCGCUGAUCUCGGCCACCCAGAGGCCAGCUUCCGGAUGGGCGAUGCAUAUGAGCAUGGCCUGCUUGAUUGCCCACGCGACCCCUCACUGAGCGUCCACUUUUAUACUGGUGCGGCUGAACGUGGCCAUGCUGGUGCAAUGAUGGGUCUUUGUGCAUGGUACAUGGUUGGCGCACCGCCGGUGCUUGAGAAGGAUGAGGAAGAGGCGUAUGAGUGGGCUCAUCGGUCUGCGGAGCUGGGGUUCGUGAAAGCACAAUAUGCUGUUGGCUACUUCACGGAGAUGGGUAUCGGCUGCCACCGGGACAUUCUGGAAGCCAACGUGUGGUACGUCCAAGCGGCAGAUGCCGGGGACGAACGAGCAAAGCAGCGACUGGCCAUCAUCCAAGCGGCAGUAAGCGGCCAGGGAACUCCCAUGGACGUUGCGGCACCUCGGUCUGGCAAGGCCCUCAAGUCUUCCAAGGACGACAAAGACUGUAUCGUUAUGUGA